AUGGAAGAGUUGGAGGAAGCUUUGAAUAACAGUCCAGCUGAUAAGACUCCAGGGCCAGACGGCUUUAGCAUGGGAUCAAUGAAGAUGCUUUGGCCGUUAAUUAAAGAUGAGCUGUUGGAUUGCAUGAUCAAAUUUCAGACUAGUGGUACUCUCCCUGGAGGUAUGAACUCGUCUUUCAUUUGCCUUAUUCCUAAAUGUGUAUCCCCAAAACACGUGCAGGAGUACAGGCCUAUCAGCCUUAUUAACUCAAGUAUGAAAUUGCUCUCCAAAAUGUUAGCUUCUAGGCUAUCCAAGGUCAUUGGUAAUAUAGUUUCAGAGGAGCAAACAGGAUUUAUUAAGGGUAGACUAAUAACAGACGGGAUUCUAAUGAUUGGGGAAAUCAUAAAUAGCAUCAAGUCUAAACAAAGUGAGGGAUUAAUCUUUAAGAUUGAUUUUGAAAAGGCGUUCGACUCAGUGGAUUGGAGUUUCCUUUUUCAUUUAUUAGAAAAGUUGAAUUUCAGUUAUGAUUGGAUUCGCUGGAUCAAGGUAAUAUUGAAGUCUUCUAAAACUUCAAUAUUAGUCAAUGGCUCUCCUACAAGGGAAUUCUCCCAGGAAAGAGGGCUUAGACAGGGCGACCCUUUAUCGCCGUUGUUAUUUGAUCUAGUUGCUCAGGUGCUGAGUUGUAUGAUCAAAAAGGCAGAGCAACUUGGCAUUAUAGAUGGUGUCAAAAUAUCGAAUUCCUCGGAAGUGAUAACACAUCUCCAAUAUGCAGAUGAUACAGUUAUAUUCAUAAGGAACUCUAUGAAAUCUGUGAUGGGAAUUAAGAGUAUCUUGCAAGGUUUUCAACUGUUGACGGGGUUAAAAAUAAAUUUCGACAAAAGCCAGUUGUAUGGCAUUGGUCAAGAUAAAGAUCUAGUAGGCAACUGGGCAAGGAUUUUGGGGUGUGCAGUUGGAGGUGAUAGUUUUAUCUAUUUAGGUAUGGAGGUACUUAAAUCCUCCAGUUCAGUUCGCUACUGGGAUCCUCUGAUAGGCAAGGUCAAGAAGAAACUAGCAAAUUGGAAGGGGAAAUCAAUAUCGAUGGCUGGGAGAGCAGUUCUCCUCAAGGCAGCAAUUGACAGUCUGCCUACAUAUUGGAUGAGUCUCCACAAAAUUCCGCGAACGGUAAUCAAGGAUAUUGACAGGAUAAGAAGGAAAUUUUUAUGGAGCUACACUAAAUCCAAUGGAGAGGUAAGUAACAAGAUGCACUCUUUAGCUUGGGAGAAUGUCUGCAGACCGAAAGAGGAAGGAGGGUUGGGCUUGAAAUUGUUGGAAGAAAAAAACGCAUCAAUGCUCUUCAAAUGGUGGCACCGUUGCUUUACUGAAAGGUCGAAGCUGUGGAAUAAGAUGUUAAAAAAUAAAUAUGGCACGCAUGUUUGGGUUGAUCCAGGUUUGGUAGACAAAAAUAAAAAUAUGUCUGCUACAUUUAGAAACAUUUGCAGGAUCGGUGAGGGAUCAAGCAAUAAUAGAUUAAAUGCUAGAAUGCUUGUCUGGAGAGUAUAUAACGGUGAAAAAGCUUUGUUCUGGGAAGAUUCUUGGACGGGCUCAUCUCCUCUCAAAGUUACAUAUAGCAGAUUAUAUGCUUUGUCAUCUCAUAAGUGGACUAAUAUUAAAAGAAUGGUGGAUCUUUGGAAGGGGGGCGAAUUAAAUGGUGAAUGUGCCUGGCAAAGAAGACUCAGGGCGUGGGAAGAGGAAGUAUGGGCUGAGAUUGAGAAUAUUUUGAAGAAUGUUAAGUUAUCUAGUCAGGAAGACCAACUGAUAUGGAGUAAUACAGGAAAAGCUUACAAGGUGGGUGAUGGGUACAAAGCACUAAUCACUUCAAGGGGAGCUGACAUUAUAUGGAAUAACAUAUGGAAAAUAAAAGCCCCUCAUAAGGUCAGAUUACUGCUCUGGAAAAUCGAACAUGGUAUUCUUCCGGUUAAAGUCUUUUUAAAAAAUAGGCUGCAUGCUAGCAAUUUUAAUGUGUUGUGUGGAUGGUGCGGGAAAUAUGAGGAAAGCUUACAACACCUUAUGAAAGAAUGUGAAUUGGCAAAUUGGGUUUGGGUAGAGAUUGCAGUCUGGUGGGAUAUUCCUUUAAGUAGAUUCAAUUCAGCCACCUUCUCUCUAAGAAAUAUUUUCUCCAUAAUUGAUGACUUGAUCCUGAACAAAGCUUGGAAGUCGGUUGUUGCUGCAAGUCUUUGGUAUAUAUGGAUUUCUCGGAAUAAUAAGGUUUUCAACCUCUCAACUAUUGACAAGAAUUCUCUGAUAAAUAAUGUCAAGAUGAGAGUGUAUAGCUGGUUAUUGUCGUCAGGUCUGAUAGAAAAUGAUCAUUGGAGAGAAUGGAAGCACAUCCCUCGUUCUGUAAUCCAGCAAAGUUGGCUGAGGAAGAGGGAAAAAUUAUGGGAGGUAUGUAAAAAGAAAUAUGAGAUAAUUUUCUUGGUGGAUGGUGCAUUUCUACAGGGUCCUAAAGCAGGCAAAGGUGGAUGCAUAAAAGAUAGGGAUGGAAAUAUUUUGUUCAUUUUCUUUGGACCCUCCAAUGCUUUAAAUAGUUUUGAAGCGGAGUGGGAUGCGGCUAUUUUUAUGAUUAAAUCAGUCCUGGAGCACAAGCAAAAGUGGAAUAAAAUUUGUUUGUGCACUGACUCCAUUAAAGUAAUUAAAAAGCUAAAGAGAAUCAAGAGAAGUCAAUUAUGGUGUGAAUUGGGUCUGCCAGAUAUUCUAGGUGUAGCACUGGAUAAUUUUGAAUUUAUUCAUUUGGGCCGAGAGCUAAACUUGGAAGCGGACGGCCUAGCUAAAGCUGGUAUGCAGAAAGCCCAGAUGAUAAAGGGUUGGCUAUGA